AUGUUCAGCCGGGGUUGCGGUGUAAGCGCAAUGAGGCACCGCGACCUCGGCCCAGAGAAGGAGAAGGAACAGGGGAGUGUCCACGAUCAGCGCCUGAACUCACGAGUAGACUCCAUGAUAGAAGAAGGCCUCAUCCAGGAGCUGCUGGACUUUCACGACAAACACAACAAGCAAAGGAUAAAGGAUGGAAAGCCACCGGAUUACACCAAAGGCGUCUUCCAAACUCUUGGCUUUAAAGAAUUUCACGAAUAUUUAAUGCUGUCUGAUGAAGAAAGAAAUACCGAUGCAGGGAAAAAAUUACUCGAACAAAGUAUAGAAAACAUGAAAAUGGGCACCAGAAGGUACGCCCGCCGGCAAAACAAGAUGAUUAGAGGAAGAUUCUUGGAACACCCGACGAGAGAGGUACCGCCCAUUUACGAAUUGGACACUACAGACAUUUCGAAGUGGGAUGAAGAAGUAAAAAAUAAAGCUAUUCAUAUUAUAGAAAGCUAUAUCAAUGAAGAACCAUGCAACUUUGACCCAAUAAAAUCAGUUAUUGAUGAUGUAAAAAAAGGAAUGGAUGGUAAUUCACAUAACUAUUGUGAAGUAUGCAAAAGAAUAUUUAUUGGAGAUAAUGUAUACGCCAUUCAUUUAGAGUCUUUUAGACAUAAGAAAGUAUUGAAGAAAAUGAAACGUCUAGAAGAACAAAGAAGCCAGACAGAAACAGAAACAUCUAAUGUUUAA